CUAGCUGAGGUGGAGCAGGAUGAGAUCCGGAUCUUGAGGCUCCUUGUUUCAUUGCAGCUUGAAUGUCUUUAAUGGAAAGAUUAAUGAAACCACAGAGCGGACCAUGGAUUUCCAAACAAUGUACAAAUACAUCUGUCAGUUUUGCCUCAGUAUGCAGAUUGUUUGGGGUGUAGAUGAAGUGAGGCUCCUGAAUCCUCCAGAGGAAGCUCUGCCGGACCACCUUUUGGAAACACUCUUCUCUUGUGAUGAACCUGCCACAGUGCAGCUGGACUCUAUUGUAUCUUUUGAAACAGGCUCGGUCUCCACACUCCUGCUAAGACAGUGGACGUGUGUCCCUGGUGACCCUAAAAUAAGAACUGUGAAGCUGAGAUGGCCAGAUUGGCUGGUGUAUCAAGCUGACGGGAUUGUUCCAGACUCUGCCUGGGUGCUGAGUUGUAUCCUUCGAGCCUCGGUCAGAUACAGUGGAUCCGAUGAUACUGAGGGCUCCAUCGCAGCUCAGGAUGUGGCAACAUUGCAGCCUAAGCCCUUCUUUAGUCGUCCUGUCAAACAGCAUAGGCUCUGUAUAGCCUGGAGCACACAAAUGCUGCAAUUAACUCAACAGUUUUUAAAGAAACAGUGUCUUUUGGAACCAGAAACAGUACAUUUGCUGUCUUCAAUUUAUGCCUCAACUGGAGAAAAUUUUGGCAUCACAAAGAGCCUGGACCCCUAUAGAAGUGAGGUCCUGGAGUACUUGCGAGUUAAAGCCAAUACUUUUCCAUGGUGUAUGUUUUCCAUCUGGAUAUUUGUAACUAAAUACUGCCAAGAACUCAUGUGUGGCAUUUUACACCAUAUAGACUCCCAUAAUAAUUAUGCCACACCAACAGUGUUCCUCACAGAUUCAGGCCAACUACACAUCCAGGUGAAUGGAGAUCCUGGGAAAUCCUCUGCAUUUGUUUCACCAUUCAAAGUGCCUUUAAGUGAGUGGUGCCGACUCAACGUGGCGUUGCACGGCAGGACAGUGAGCAUCUCCAUGGUGUGUACUUACAAGGAGCAGAGAACAGUUCGGUUUACAGAACAUACGUGGGGACAUGAUGUUGUGUUAGAUGACACAGAGGGAUAUUUAGUGAUUGGUGGAGGGAAAUAUAUCCCAGGUGUGGAGGGGUAUUUUGGACCAGUGGUGUACUAUCGCAACAGAAUAUCACCUUACAGCCAGUCUGAAGCUGCUGUUCCAGAGGUGAUUAAGAAAGUGAACCUGACCGGAUGGCUGCAGACCUGUCAGGGGUUUCGCCUAGAGAUGAAUGUGAAGAUCAGCGGUUAUUCACUCAAGGCCAAACAGAGGACAGAGUCUGGUAGUGGGCUUAUAUUUCCACUAGACACAUGUCUUGAUGCUUUCCAUCAGUGGAUGGUGAAGCAGAGACUGCCAUCAGAUUCCCAGUGUGAGCAGUGGGAGGCAGCUGACCCUCACAGAAAACUUGCUGCAAAACUGGUCAAGUUACUGGCUUUCAAAUACGGCGGAAGAGCAGUUUGCCUGGCAGCUGUGGGCAGAGCACUGUACUCCUUAUCGCUUCAUAAGCUGGUCAGAGGGAGCAGCAAUGGCGUGGUCAGCAGAAUAUUUCCAGUGCUGCUCCAAGCUGGCUGCCUAGCUGAUAACCGAGCUCUGCACAUGUCGUCUGUGCUCUGCAGCACUGGACUGGGAGUCCAGAAACAGCCCGUUAAGGCUUGGCUCUUGGCCCUGCUGGCUGCCCAGAACGAUGAUAGAUUGGCGCUUCUUCAUCUGGGGCACCUGCACCACCUCGGACUACAAGGUCUCCCUGCAGACCCAGAUCUGGCCUAUGCCUAUUACGCAAACAUUGCUAAACAGACAACUGUAGACCGUGAAAAUCCCACUCCACAGCAGACAUUUGUUGAGGCUGUUUACUUGAACAAUGAAGGAGUACUGAAUCUCCAGACCAAUGAAGAUCACCAUAUAUUCCAGUGGCUCAAACUGCAGGCACGCAGAGGAACAGCUGAGGCCGAGCAAGCUAUCGCCCGCAUGCUGUUCUGGGGUCAGCAGGGAGUUUCCCCAAACAUCCAGGAGGCUGCGAGACACUACAGAAGGGGAGCUGUCCAGUUAGAGGACCCAGUCUCAAUGUAUGAUUAUGGGAUUAUACUUUUGCAGGGACAGGGGGUUGAAAAAGAUGUUCCAAAAGCCAUCUCAUUCCUGAGGAAAGCAAUGGAUCAGGGUUUUGUUCCUGCAAUCAAUGCCCUGGCCUGGUACUAUGAGCAAUUUAAGCAGGACUACAAGCAGGCGGUGCAGCUGUGGGAGCAGGCUGAUCUCCUCGAGUGUCCAGAGGCUGCUUUUAAUCUUGGUGUCAUGUACUCACAGGGUCUGUAUCCAGGAAAAGCUGCCAACCAGUAUAUGGCCUAUAAAUACUAUCUGAAGUCUGCACAGAGAGGACACAUCAGAGGAGCAACUUUCCUCGCUAACAUCUGGACCACUGGAAUGCCAGGCUUUGUCAACAGACGUCCAUCAGAUGCUGUUUUGUGGGUAAAGUGGGCGGCUGAGCACAACGGAUAUUUGGGCAGUGUCUUACGCAAAGCCUUGGAUUCAUAUCUGAAGAAUGACAUGUUCAGUUCACUGUUAUAUUACAUGAUGGCUGCCGAACUGGGAUAUGUACCUGCUCAGUUUAAUGUGGCGUACCUGUGUGAACAAAAUAUGGGAGGUUUUCUGGAUCCUGUUUAUGGAUUACACUGUAUGUGGAGGUAUUACAACCUCACAAUUCAAAGUCAAGAUCCUGACACUUAUGCCAUUAUUAGGAUGGGUGACCUGUUAUAUGACGGACAUGAUGACAGGCAGAGAGACUUGUUUUCUGCCGCACAGAUGUACAAACUGGCAGCAUUAAGGAAAAAGCCACAGGGAUGGUACAAUCUUGGCCUGCUAGCUGAAGAAGGCUACAGGCUGCCACUGUCUAUACUAAUUGACCUUGGCCUCUCAGAGUUGUACCUGGCAGACAACAGUUUGCUUCUAAGUGCUUUGUACAAAAGAUGCAGAGAUUCAGAAGAUGCAGAUUCAUACUUGCCUUGCAGUCUUGCCCUCUUCCAUGUGUAUCUACAAUCAUUCCAAAAAGACUACAGAGCUGCUGUUAAGUUCUCCACUGCUGUUGCUGUGGUUGCUGCUCCGACUCUGCUCUUCGUCAUCAUUGGUUUGCUCAGAAGACGCAUCCUGUCGCUUAACUAGAACCAAGAUUCUUGUGAGGACUUGACAAACCGAAAUAAAAGAUUAAACGGCAAAGUCAACCUUCACCGCAACGGCACAGCAAUAUUUGUUGUCAGUUUACUGUUUUUAAUGGGAUUACUGGAAAGAACAAAAGUGACUGUUAUAAAACUGAAUAUUUUAUAAAUUAUACUAGUUUUUGUACAUGUCUGUGAUGUUUUUGAUAUGUCAGUUUAUUACUUUUCAUUUUAAAAAAAAGACUUGACUAAGCAAUAAAGAGUCUGAAUAAAUGUCAUGAA